AAAAACCAGCUGUCGAAUACCCCCUCACCGGGGGACACGGUCACUGACAGUUGGCACGCCCCGGAGUGGAGACAAGUCUGGGAGAUCGGCCCAAAUGACCAAUCAUAUAAACGUCGAUGCUCAGCAUAUGGUCCAAGCUCCCAUCUUCCCCCAGACGAAUAUGACAUCUGAAGCCGAGCCGAGGCUCCCAAAGCCGACACGCAGUAAGAAUGUCCUCGCGCCCACGAGUUCCUUGAUUAAUCUGGUCAUUUUGCAACUUUUCUUCCUUCACUCUGAUUACCCACGAACUGUCGACAUUAUAUAUGCUUUCGCCAUUGAUUACUCACUGGACACUCCUUCGAUUAUUACCUACCUUCAAACCUCUGUCGGAGAGAACCAACCACCCAGACCAUAGGGUGUGUCGCCAUGGCUCCUCAAGAGACAUUCACUCGCGACGAAGUCGCCAAGCACAACAACGACGACUCGCUUUGGACAAUCAUCGACUCAAAAGUCUACGACUUGACAGACUUCCUCGACGCCCACCCGGGCGGUGCCGCCGUCCUCCGCCAAGUGGCCGGCCGCGACGCCACCACCGACUUCUAUAACCUCCACCGUCACGAUGUCCUCACCAGAUACGACCGCACCCUCCUCGUCGGAACUAUCCGCGGCGAGACCUCGCAGGUGGUGAACCCGGGACCCGGCGAACUCUCCCGCGUUCCCUACGCCGAGCCGACCUGGCUAGCGCCCCCCUUCUCCCGCCAAAACCCCUACUACAAGGACUCCCACCGCCGCCUCCAAAAGGCCAUGCGCGAGUUUACCGACCGCCACGUAACCCCCGAGGCCCGCGAUGCCGAGGAGUCCGGCGAGUACAUCUCCCAGGAGCUCAUCGACCGCAUGGCCGCCAACGGCGUGCUGCACAUGCGACUCGGCCCCGGCCCGCACCUCCGCGGCGUCGAGAUCCUGGGCGGCGUCGUCGACCCCGCCGAGUUCGACUACUUCCACGACCUCAUCGUCGCGCAGGAGCUGGCCCGCACCGGCGCCCGCGGCUUCCAAGACGGCAACAUGGCCGGCAUGACCAUCGGCCUGACCGUCGUCCUCAACUUCGCCAACAGCGCCGCCCUCCGCGAUCGCGUCAGCGCCGAGGUCCUCUCCGGCCGCAAGAAGCUCUGCCUCGCCAUCACCGAGGCCUUCGCCGGGAGCGACGUGUCCGGCAUCCGCACCACCGCCCGCAAGUCCGCCGACGGGUCCCACUAUAUUGUUAAUGGUACGAAGAAGUGGAUCACCAACGGUGUCUGGUCCGACUACUUCGUCACCGCCGUCCGCACGGAGAAGGGACUCAGUGUCCUCUUGAUCGAGCGCGGCGAGGGCGUCGAGACGAAGCCCAUCAAGACGAGCUACUCCCCUGCUGCGGGGACCACCUAUAUCACCUUUGACAACGUCAAGGUCCCUGCCGAGAACUUGCUGGGCCAGGAGAACAAGGGAAUCCACGUUGUGCUGAGCAAUUUCAACCACGAGCGGUGGACGAUGGCAUGUGCCACGGUCCGCAUGUGUCGAAACGUGGUCGAAGAAUCCCUCAAAUGGGCUAAUCAGCGGAUCGUUUUCGGCAAGCCCCUCAUCGACCAGCCUGUGAUCAGGCAAAAGCUGGCCAAAAUGAUCGCGUUGACCGAGGCGAACCAAUCUUGGCUGGAAACCAUCACCUACCAGAUGUGUCAGAUGCCUUACCAAGAACAAGCGAAGUACUUGGGCGGCCCCAUCGCCCUCCUCAAGACAUCAACCACGCGUGCUGCUCACGAUAUUGCCGAUGAAGCCGUUAGUAUCUGGGGUGGUCGUGCUUUGACCCGAACAGGCAUGGGCCGUGUCAUCGAGAUGUUCAAUCGUUCUAACAAGUUCGAUGCCGUGCUCGGAGGCGAGGAGAGCAUCUUGGGCGAUCUCGCAGUCCGGCAAGCGAUGCGCCAUAUGCCGAAGGAGAGGCUAUGA